UAUACACACAUAAAGUGGAGGAGAGAGAACACGCGAGGCGUCCUGGUUUCCUGCAGGGGGGAAGACGAAGACACGGAGCUGCUAUGAUUCUCUCCCUGGCCGCAGCAGCCAUGAGUAGCGGCAGCGGCAGCAGCCUCAACUCCUCCUCCCCCCUCGACCCCUUCGACUCCUCCACCUCCUGGAGCCUGGCUGAGGACCCUUCCAACUCCUCCUCCGAACCUGUCGUGCGAACUCUGACCCCUGACCUCCAGCCGGCGACCACCGCUGUAGCCAUCCAGGAAGUCAGCCCCUGGGAUAUCGCGCUUUGCGUGACCGGAACGCUCAUCUCCUGUGAGAACGCUCUGGUGAUCGCCGUGCUGUUCUACACGCCGACUCUCCGGGCUCCCAUGUUCAUCUUGAUUGGAUCGCUGGCGGUGGCGGACCUUCUCGCCGGCUUGGGCCUCAUCUUGAACUUUGUCUUCACUUACUUGGUCGACAGCUCGGUGGAGUUUGUGACGCUGUUGUCGGUUGGACUGCUCAUCUCGGCCUUCUCUGCCUCCGUCCUCAACAUCCUUGCCAUCACAGUGGACCGUUACCUGUCGCUGUACAACGCCCUGACCUACCACACUGAGCGGACAGUCACCUUCACCUACGUGAUGGUGGUCUUCAUCUGGGUGUCAUGCCUAACGCUCGGCUUGCUGCCGGCGCUCGGCUGGAACUGUCUGAGGGACGAGUCCACAUGCAGCAUCUGCCGACCCGUCACCAAAAACAACGCCGUGGCGCUCGCCGUCACCUUCCUGCUGGUCUUCGCCCUGAUGAUGCAGCUCUACCUGCAGAUCUGCAAGAUCGCCUUCCGCCAUGCGCAACAGAUUGCCGUGCAGCACCAGUUCGUGGCCAUCUCCACCACCAAAGGCGUCUCCACACUGUCGGCCAUCUUGUGUGCCUUCGGGGCGUGCUGGCUGCCGUUUGCCAUGUACUCCAUAGUGGCCGACUCUAGCUACCCCGUAAUAUACACCUACGCCACGGUCCUCCCGGCUACCUGCUGCUCUGUGAUCAACCCCAUCAUUUAUGCGUUCCGAAACCCGGACAUCCAGAAGUCGCUGUGGAUGGCCUGUUGCGGAUGCGUGCCGUCCAACCUCUCCCUCAGACCCAGGACCUCCAGUGAUGUGUAGCAGGGAAGGUUGGUUUCUGUCUGGCAUGAUGCUUGACGCUGAGUCAGGGUUGUCGGAGGGCGAGGACGAAACGGGGAACAGGAAAUCUGGAGGUGAGAGGUUGAAGGUUACAGCCGAGGAAAGAGAUUUCCUCUACUCUUCAUAUCAGGGCUGGUAGGCUGAUGGGGAAUGCACGGGUGGCCACGGUAAAAGUGGCACAGGAAUGGGGAGAAGCCAGGACAGUGCAUGGUAAAAAAAAAAACCGAUAGAGCUAAUAAAGGAGAGAACCAUGAGAGCGAAGGAGGUGGCGUGAAACCAACUGCAAAAACCUGAUUUUUAAGGUAUCCUCAUGAUGGUGGCAGGAGAGGCAGGGGGUGUGUCGGGUGACUUUUCCAACUGACCUCCAUCCGGGUGCGAGAAGUGAGGCCUACUUCUCCAGAGUAGCAUAUAUGUGACAGUAGGAUUCAGAAGGAAGUGUCCUAAAAUCUCCGUAGGACACGAGCUUGGGCAGCACUGCAUGGUUAUGCAAUCAGAAGGAGUGAAACAGUCUUAAAAUACAGCGUGUGUUUUCACUGAUGUGUUUGAAAUUAAGUGGAUAAAAAUACAAUGAGCUAAAUAUACACAACGAAUGACCUUGAGUAUUCUCAACGAGCUAUCUUUGCAGUCUUCUCCUGACGGGAAAACAAGAAUAUUUCCUCCCUUGAAACACAUUUUAACGACCAUGUUCCCUUGAUCUGAUGCAGAUUAAGUCAUUAGUGAGUUUAUAGACAGAGAGUGCAACAAUAAUUAACUCUUAUGUGCUGAGAUUGGAAAUUGGAUGGUGUUCGUGAUCAUUAACAUAGCUCGUCUGCCAAGCCCGUUUUGACUUUUCCCAAUGCCAACAGCACAAUCUGCAUUUUGUCAAACACAGUAACACAUUUCAAUGCAUGAAGCUGGCAUAAAAAAAUGUGCUCCUCCUAAUCAUGUAGCAUUCCUCCUCACACACAAGCUGAUCCACCAGGCUCCCUAACGCAUAGAUAACCCCCGGCUGGUUUGGAAAACCUAGAGAGGGGUUUCCACAUUUAGUCCAGUGCGUGUCGUCCUUGGUGUGAUGAAAUCAAAUCUGCUCCCGGUCUGAGGGAGGAGAGAAAAAAAAACGGGUUUCUCAGCCAGCCGCUGCGCCGUGACUGUGAAGUAGAGAGAGCUGAAUUCAGCACCAAGGACAGCGCCACUGCAGAGCGCUGCUACCCUGGGAAUGCUCUCUGCUGCGGGGGGGAGAGCGCUGGAAAGUAGGCUACGCUGUU